CACCAGCCCUAAUCCCAUUUCCGCCGCGACGAACACAGUCACACCACGAACACCGCCAGAAGCACCGAUUCUAUACCGUUCCGUCCGAUUAAUCGCCGCCGCGGUACGCUUCAGCCGCAUACAUUGCCGUUCCGGCUGUUAAAUCGUUUCUAUUAGGUUUCAGAACACGCCACAGCAGCCGCUAUAUGCCGGAACUUUGUCGCGGUGGCCUCCGUUCCGGUUCCGCUAAUCUCGCUCCGGCCGCUACAGCGGCGCUCCGGUGAACAAUGAGCAAUUCCGAGGAUACGAAAGUAAAUUACGCCGCGGAGGAUUACGAUUCCAUUUUAUCAGAGUUUGAUCGGUUUGCAGCUAAAGGAGUGGCUGAUGCAGUUGGGUAUGGGUACCAAAUUGGGGAUAUGGUUUGGGGUAAGGUGAAAUCGCACCCAUGGUGGCCUGGAAUCAUUUACAAUGAGGCGUUUGCAUCUCCCACUGUUCGGAGAAGCAAGCGCGAGGGUCAUGUCUUGGUGGCGUUCUUCGGGGACAGUAGCUACGGGUGGUUCGACCUGUCCGAGGUGGUUCCGUUUGAAGUGAAUUUUGCUGAGAAGUCCUCGCAGACUUCUUCGCGGGCUUUUACAAUUGCGGUGGAGGAAGCUGUGGAUGAGUUGUCAAGAAGACGGAGCUUGGGGCUUGCCUGCCGCUGUAGAAACGAGUUCAAUUUCUGGCCCUCGAAUGUCAAGGACUACUUUGUUGUGGAUGUAGGGGCCUACGAGCCCGGUGUUUACUCGUUGAAUCAGAUAAAUAAAGCGAGAGAGAGCUUUCGGGCUAGAGAGAUACUUUCUUUUGUCAAACGAUUGGGCUUGACAUCCAUGAACGACAAGGAACUUUUCGGAAAUGUGCUUGACAUGACCGAUCUUCCAUUUUGGGAUAUUCUCUAA